AUGGCUGAAUGUGCAUCUUCAGAAAGUAGCAGGGUUACAUUAUCACCAAAUAGAAAGAUGAGAAACUGUUUUUGUGGAGUUCCUUGUAAGGUUCAAAUGUCAAGCACUUCUAAGAACUUUGGUAGAAAAUUUUUUGGUUGUGGAAAUUAUGAUGGAUAUAACAAGCAUUGCAAGUUUUUCUUGUGGUGCAACCUAGUUGAUGAAGUUUAUGAGAAUGAAAAUUUGCUUUCAAUAGUUGCAGCUAAAAUGAGUGAGAUCGAAGAAUUGAAGGGGAUAGUUGAUAAAUUGAAUAGAGACACUGAAAUAGAGUAUUUGAAGGACAUAGUUGAUGAAAUGAAUAGUAAAUUAAGUGUUCUUAGUAGUAAGGUUGAAAUGAUUAAUGAAGAUUUGAUGGCAGCGUGUAAUACUAUUGAUUCUGACGUUGUAGAUUAUAGGAAAAUGAAGUUUGUGAUAUUGGCAUUCAUUGUGUUUAUUGUAGCCAAAGUGAUGUAUUUUUUAUGUUGUUAA